UCCAUUUAUCCCCAAGAUUAGGCCCUCGUUGUCCCUUUUGUUUUUUAUUUUUAUUUUUAUUUUUAUUUUUAUUUUUUAUAUACAAAAGAAGGUCUUUUUUUUCAGGGUUGUUCUUCAAUUUAGGUUUUUCACCCUUUGAGGAAAAUUGCAAAACCCUUAAAGUCGCAAGCAGAGUGGAAGAAAGAUCGUGUCUUUUGUGUGAAAGAAGAAAUUUUAUUUCUUGGGGAAGAUGAUAGCCGAGAAACCUAGUUGGGUUAGGCAUGAAGGUAUGCAAAUUUUCUCCAUUGAUGUUCAACCCGGAGGGCUCAGGUUUGCUACUGGUGGUGGUGACCACAAGGUUCGAAUAUGGAAUAUGAAGUCUGUUAGUACUGACAUAGAAAGUGAUGCCUCUUCUCAAAGGCUUCUUGCAACCCUGCGGGAUCACUUUGGAUCUGUCAACUGUGUUAGGUGGGCAAAACAUGGAAGGUUUGUUGCAUCAGGGUCCGAUGAUCAGGCUAUAUUAAUUCAUGAGAGAAAACCUGGUUCAGGAACCACUGAAUUUGGCAGUGGAGAGCCCCCAGAUAUUGAAAACUGGAAAGUUGCAAUGACUUUGAGAGGGCACACUGCAGAUGUGGUGGAUCUUAAUUGGUCUCCUGAUGAUUCUGCAUUGGCUAGUGGGAGUUUGGACAACACUAUCCACAUAUGGAAUAUGAGCAAUGGCAUUUGCACUGCUGUUCUAAGGGGCCACUCUAGUCUGGUUAAGGGGGUUGCCUGGGAUCCUAUUGGCUCUUUUAUAGCAAGUCAAUCUGAUGAUAAAACUGUAAUUAUUUGGCGAACUAGUGAUUGGAGUCUUGCCCAUAGGACAGAUGGUCACUGGGCAAAAUCACUUGGAUCAACCUUUUUCAGGCGUCUUGGAUGGUCACCUUGUGGUCAUUUUAUCACCACUACUCAUGGUUUCCAGAAGCCAAGGCAUUCUGCCCCAGUGCUAGAGAGAGGGGAAUGGUCUGCAACGUUUGAUUUUCUAGGACACAAUGCUCCAAUCAUUGUGGUGAAGUUCAACCAUUCUAUGUUCAGAAGAAAUUUGACCAAUGCUCAGGAAAUGAAAUCUGUACCCGUUGGGUGGUCCAAUGGCACUUCCAAGACCGGAAGCAAAGAGCCACAGCCUUACAAUGUUAUUGCCAUUGGAAGUCAGGAUCGAACUAUAACAGUUUGGACUACUGCAAGUCCUCGUCCUCUAUUUGUGGCUAAGCAUUUUUUUACUCAAAGUGUUGUGGAUUUGUCCUGGAGCCCUGAUGGAUAUUCACUUUUUGCAUGUUCCUUGGAUGGGUCCGUGGCUACAUUUCAUUUUGAGGUAAAGGAACUUGGUCAGAGAUUAGGUGAUGCUGAGCUAGACGAGUUGAAGAGAAGUCGUUAUGGUGAUGUGAAGGGUCGUAAAGCAAACUUAGCUGAAAGUCCAGCACAGUUACUGUUAGAAGCUGCUUCUGCCAAGCUAACAACUAGCAAAAAAGUGGUUUCGGAUGUUCAGCAAAACCAAAUUAAGGCAAAAGCUUAUGCUGAUGCGGGGGCUACUACAAAGAAUGCUGAGCCUCAAAAUGAUGAUAGUAAGAAGAGUGUAGGUCCAGUUGGUGAUGCAUCAAACAAAGCUACAACUUCUGGCCGGAUUUCUAGUCCUGUCAAGCAAAGAGAAUAUAGACGACCUGAUGGCCGUAAAAGAAUUAUUCCAGAAGCAGUUGGAGUACCUGUUCAACAGGAAAACAUUUCAGGUGCAGUUCAGCAAUCACUUGAUUUUCCUGCAGUGUCUUCGGAUCACAGAAAGGAUACUGACCGAAUUGUUUCCAAUGAUGAUGGUGUAAGAGUAAGUACAUUGGGAGGAGCACAUGGGAGAAAUACUGAUUUGAAAGAGCGUUCCGGGGUUACUUCCAAGACCACAAUUUCUGAGAGCCUAGUGAUUGAGAAGGUUCCAGCUUCUGCGGGUGAUGGAAGUGUCAAUGUUGACCAGUCGGUCAAUUUGAUGACAUCCAGUUCUUCAGCUUCUUGUAGUGGUACACUUUCCAUUAGAGUAUUUGACAAGAAAAGCGGAGAAGAUUCUUCGCCUAUUCUUUUGGAAGCACGGUCGAGAGAACAUGCUGUAAAUGACAUUGUAGGGCUGGGAAAUACAUCUAUGAUGAAAGAAACAGAAAUCGUGUGCUCGAAGGGGUCUCAGAUACUAUGGUCUGAUUGGAUAUCAGAAAAAGUUACUGUUUUAGCUGGCAAUGGAAAUUUUUGGGCAGUUGGGUGUGAAGAUGGAUGUCUGCUGAUUUACACAAAGGGUGGUAGACGAGCAAUGCCUACCAUGAUGAUGGGUUCUGCAGCAACAUUUAUAGACUGUGACGAACGCUGGACAUUACUGCUGGUGACAAGGGAUGGAUCCCUGUACUUAUGGGAUUUAUUCAACCGAACUUGUCUUCUUCAACAUUCAUUGUCUUCUCUGGUUUCUUCAAGUCCUAACACAUCUGCUAAAGAUGCAGGAACCAUUAAAGUUAUAUCUGUGAAACUAUCAAAAUCGGGUUCCCCUCUCGUAGUGUUGGCCACUCGUCAUGCUUUCUUAUUUGAUAUGAAUGUCAAGUGUUGGCUGAGGGUUGCAGAUGAUUGCUUUCCUGCAUCAAAUUUUUCCAGCUCUUGGAGUUUGGGUUCGAUUCAAAGCGGUGAGCUGGCAGCAUUGCAGGUUGAUCUUAGAAAAUAUUUGGCCCGGAAGCCAGGUUGGACUAGAAUUACUGAUGAUGGAGUACAGACGCGUGCCCAUUUGGAAACUCAAUUGGCUUCUUCCUUGGCUUUGGGGUCCCCUAAUGAAUAUCGCCAAUGCCUUUUGGCAUACGUACGCUUUCUUGCAAGAGAAGCUGAUGAAUCUCGUUUACGAGAAGUCUGUGAGAGUUUCCUUGGACCUCCAACAGGGAUGUCCGAGGAAACAUCUUCGGAUUCAAAGAACUUAGCAUGGGAUCCUUUUGUGCUUGGAAUGAGGAAACACAAGCUCCUUAGGGAAGAUAUUCUUCCAUCCAUGGCAUCAAACAGAAAAGUCCAAAGAUUGCUGAAUGAAUUCAUGGAUCUUUUAUCCGAGUACGAUAUCACUGAUGCAAAUCAAGAGCAAACAAACCGCACAGUGCCGAGUUCAUCUCCACCAGCAACCAAUCCAGUUGAGGGCAGUUCUCUAGAGCAACCAAAAUUGGAUCACAGUACCCAUCUGGAAAAGGAGCAAGCAGGUUUCCCUGCAACACUCACAAAUGAAGGCAGUGCAGAUACCCCUAUGACAGAUCAAGCUAACAAGGAUGCAUAAGGGAAGUGCUCAACUUGUGCAUAUAGAAGUCAGCAUUAAGGAUUGAAAUGUUUCAACCAAGGAUGUUUUGGUGGCAUGGGUGAAGCCAAUUUCACGUUUUACUUUUAUGAUGCGUGUAGCUCUCCUUUAAGGUUGAUCUCACUAACACACACUUACAGAGGUAUCAUGAGUUGUAUGUUACAUUUGUAACUUCUCCCAUCAUCUUGGAGCUUGCUUCCUUGUAUAAUGUCUCAAUUAAAGGAAAUUAGAAUUUAA